AUGACUCGUAACAGCCAUCUAGAGACGCGGGCUUGCUCGCUGCCACCAGAAAAUUCGGAUGUGACGAGUGGAUACUCUCCAUUAAAAAAUAGUCAGAAUGCCAAAGUGGAACAUUUAUAUCAGAAAAACCAAAAUAAGUUGAAUGCUGGAGGUAAGGUGCGGAUACCAAACAGUGUUGAUUUGAGUCUUGCGGAGGACACUUACCCUGGUUGCAGUGACUACGAUCCCUGUUCUCCCGCCUCCAUUGAUGUUGGCAAUGGAAAUAACAAACAAUCACCCAGCGACUGUAGUAGUGCAUUUACAGACGAAGAUAGCGGUUGUCAGGUGUUCUACUUUGGCAAUGCUCUUCGUGUAGCCUCGAAAUGUCGCAUGGGUAGGGCUUGCUCGGUCUCUGCACUGGAUUCUCCAUCUGUUCAGCCUUUCAACAAUAAAGAUGAAUUUCUCGCGGCAAUGACUGAAGACUUGGCGGACUGGAUGUCACGAUUAUAUCCUGACAUUGCAAAGGACCUUGACGCAGAAAACUUCUUUGACCGAAUCUCCGAUGGUGUACUCCUCUGCCACCAUGCAACUGAACUACAUCGCUUGCUUGAGCAAGAGUUUCCUGUGAAUCUGCAGAAUGGUGAACGGCGAUUGGAAGGUGUGCAUAUUGGUGGAGUAAGACCCGUUCUUCCGCCCAAUCCUCCAACCUUCCAGUCUCGUGGUUUCAAUGCUGCCAACUUAGCUGGAAGCAGUUUUUGGGCCCGUGACAAUGUCGCUAAUUUCAUUCAUUGGUGUCGAGCAAUGCGAUUACCAGACUGCAUCCUCUUUGAAACUGAAGAUCUUGUGUCUCGCAAGAAUCCUCGCAGUGUUAUUGUGUGCUUGCUGGAGCUAGCUCGUCUUGGUGGACGAGUUGGCAUGGAAGUGCCCGAAAUCAUUUACCUUGAAAAGGAAAUUGACAACGAGAUUGCCUUGAGUGAACAGGGAUUUGGUAGUGACCAUGGAACCAAUACUGUGAAUUCGCCUUCCUACGAUUGGACUGGUGAUACACAAGAUUUGGAAAAUAAGACAAUCAAUGUGUCAACUGGGACAGAGGUGGAGACGAAUACCUCAGAGUCUUCAACAGAAGCACCUAUUUCGAAAAUCCCUUUACCUGCCAAACCCAUGGAAAGGCGUUCCAAUAAGGCUGCCCUGUUGAGAGAAAAGAAGGCAAAGGAAGAGCUAGAGGAGCGUAAAAGACAGGAAGCUCUCAAAGCAAAGCAACAGGAAGAGGAAGAAAUGAAGAAUAAGAAAUCGCAAUACAAACGCCCUGUUAUUGAUAUGCGGACCCUAGAUGAGAUCGUGAGUUAA